AGAGCCUCAUGGAAUCUUUACUCAAAGUCUGAAAAGCAACGAUCUGAAAAACCAAGGUUCAUUAUGGCAAUGCUGAGAUGUCUUCUGCUUCUUAUCACUAUUUAUUCCAUGAUUAAUGCGGAAGAUGAAAAAUGCCCCAAUGGAUGGACACAUUUUGGAGUCAGAUGCUACAAGUACUUCUCUGAGGCAUUUAACUGGAUCACUGCGGAGAGAUUCUGUCAAACUUAUGAUGCAAAUCUUGCUUCUGUGCAUAAUAAAUUGGACAAUGAUCAUCUGCUGAGCCUGGUGCCUUCUUUCACACGUUUUUGGGUUGGCGCUCAGGAUGGUGAACAAGAAGGACAGUGGAUUUGGAGCGAUGGAAGUCACUUUAAUUACACCAGCUGGUGUUCUGGAGAACCAAACAAUGUAGGAAAUGAAGAGAACUGCCUGGAGCUGGCCUAUAGCUCUAACAAUUGCUGGAACGAUCUGACAUGUUCAGUACAACUUGCCUUUGUUUGUGCAAAAAAGAUCAAAGAUCACAAGAAGUCAUCCUACUCCAUUGUUACAUGAUUGUACAUACAUUUACAUUUUCUGGUCUAAUCCUUUACAAAAAAUCUUAAGUUAAAAUUAAAGAGAUAGUUUACCCAAAAGUGAAUAUUACUCCAAAGAUUUACUCAUCCUUGAGCAAACCAGUAUACAUAUUUUUUUAUUUUUUACUGUUUUCCAUUAAAACAGUAAUGUAGUAGCCUAUAGAAAACAAUACAUUCUGGGCCAUCAUUUUCAUGGUAAGAAUAUAUAAGAAAUAUUCCUUUAAAAUUUUAUUUUUACUCAAUCUUGACUGCUUUCUCAAUACCUUCUCUAAAACAUUAAUUGAAUCAAUAAAUAUUGAUAAAGCA